AUGCCUCCAAAGAAGGAUAAGUUGAAAGAACCAAUGUAUGCUCUGAUAUGGUUCAUGAGUACACGUGAUAAAAUAAAACUAGAGAAUAUCGUACUAGACGAAGAUGGCAACGUAUGUGACGAGAGUACUAAACUACUGAAGAAAACUCAAAAUUUCUUAGUCAAAUCUACGCUGGAUUAUGAGGAGCUUAUGAGCACCAACAUUGUAAAAGUUGAUGGUCAGAAUAAGAGAGAAAUUUCUCCUAAAAGUGGUAUUUUUUUUCCUAUUGAAGUAAUUGAAACAAUUGAAAACAAAGCUUUAACUGAAACAGGCGUUAUUAAUUGGAAAAUUAUAGUUAAACUUGUUUUAAUUGAAGUUUAUGGAGAUCAUCUUGGUAAUUAUUGUGCUGUUGGCCGAGUCAAAAGUUCCUUGCGACCUUCAAUUGAUACGGAUAUUUACAAAGCAGUUUAUAAUUGGGUUCUUUUAAAAUCUACUGAAAAAAUUAAUAGUCAUGAUUAUACGACUGAAGUCACGACGAUCGUACGCAACAAACGAAAUUCAAAAACAUCAAACGAUACUGCUACAGAUACAAUAUCCCAACUUGACUUGCAGUUUUUUAAAAAAGUAAUUUCUGCAGUUGAAAAAGAAAAUAAAUGGCACCAACAAUCUGACAAUAAUUUCAAUUUACUGAAAUCGACAUCUCGUGAUGAUUUUUUAAAACCUGGACCAACAAAGGAUCGAAUUGCUAAGGAUCAUAAUAUUUUCUUUCCAAAAUCUGCAAUAGCUUACAUUGAAAAACGGACGGAAAGUCCUGUGAGCUCUCAUUUGUCGGAUUGGAAGAAUUUGGUCAAAGAAGCUCUCAUAACCGUUUAUGGUUCGAAUAUCGGCUUUUAUUGUGCAACAGGUAAACUGACAUCACGAUCACCGAUACAUCCCCAAUUAUAUCAGGCAAUUCUUGUUUGGGCUAAUAGUAGGUCUGAAACAACAAUUGAGGAAGCUGAGUUUAAGAAGCACAUAAAUAAAAUUGCAUUCAACAAAAAAAAGACAACUAAAUGCAAGUCAGCCUGUGAUAUCGACACAACAUUCCACCAUCAACCUUCCCAAGAUUCAGCGAACUCUGACUCCAGGUUUGCUGACGAUCAAAGUGAACUUGCUAAUGAAAUGGAAAUAGCUUCAUCACCCGCAUCUCGACAACAUUUUUCGUCUAUUGUUGGUUCUGUGAAUCAAGACUCUGAAGUAAUCCAGCAUUCUGAAGUAAUCCAGCAUUCUAAAAUAACUAAAGAUCCACGAUAUCUUUAUUCUGAAGACCUGCAUCCUAGAUCUACUGAAGAUCCACGAUAUGGUACUCCUAAUAAUUUGCAUCCCAGAAUAACUGAAGAUCAACGAUAUAGUACUCCUGAAAACCAGCACUAUUCGACUCAAGAUUCACCAGGUUAUCCACGUUAUCCAAGUUAUACAGGUUAUACAGGUUCUCCAGGAGACCAGAACUAUUGGACCACUCCAAAUUCAUCAAAUGGAUACUCGAUACCUCAGUACACUUGGACUACUCAAGAUCAAGAUCAGCUUACAGAACAAUCGUGCACGAGUUCACCAUGGCAGUAUUCAAACUCAUCAUAUGAUACCAAUACACGUCCUUACGGGACAGAAAAUUACAACUAUAAUUCUUCCGUUCCAAUAAAUAAUGGUAACGAUGAGGUUAAUGAAAACCAAACCUUAAUGAAUCUAUAA